AUGGGAACCGCAAUCCUGGAGGGAUUGCUAGAAGCGACUGAAAAUGACUCAUCGUCACCUAUUUCACGCUUCCUGGUUAGCACAAACAGUGAAGGCUCUGCGGGUCGAAUCCGAAACAAAUUUCGAAAUGAUGCACUCAGAUUGCGUGUCGAACAGAGUCAUAACAAAGAGUUUAUGCAAGAGGCAGACAUCAUUUUAUUGGGAUUCAAGCCUCAUAUGGCGGAGAGAAUCCUGGGCGAGACUGGCGUGAAAGAAGCACUCGCCGGAAAAUUCGUAAUUAGCGUCCUAGGAGGGAAAACACCUCUAGUCCUUGAGAACUGUAUCACUCAAGACUGUCAGGUUACGACCAGGCCUUGCGUUGUUCGGGCCAUGCCAAACAUGGCAGCUCGGAUCCGGAAGUCUAUGACUAUCAUUGAGAAAAACCCCGAGCUUCCAGCUCACUUGCACGAAACUCUGGUGUGGAUAUUUAGGACAGUUGGAGAUGUCAAGGAGCUAGAUGCAGAUUUGUUUGACGUGGGUUCUAUGUUGGUUGGAUCAUCAAUGGCGAUUCUAUCAGUUGGCCUGGAUGGCAUUCUUGAUGGAUCCGUGAUGGAGGGAAUUAGGAGAUCAGACGCCCUGCAAAUGGCAGCCCAAAGCAUGCUGGGUAUGGCUGAGCUAUUCCGCUAG